AUGAUUGUUUCCUUACUUCUGCCGAUACGUUCACUCAGCUCAAUUUUCCCUGAAUCUCGUCGUCCACGAAUCAUCGGCGGAAGUAACGCCAUACUAAGCGAGUUUCCCUACAUGGUAUCCAUUCGAUUGGCGUCGCAGGAAACCAUCGCGUUCGGAGAGGGAUUCUACUGUAGUGGAGUUUUGGUGUCUUCGAAAGAUGUUCUCACCAGUGCCAUCUGCGUACAGAAUGGCAGUGGGCAACGGUUACCAGAGGAAAUCAAACUCGUGUUGGGAAUUACAUCGAGGACUAAUAGCACUGGCAUGAUUGAGGCGAGCGCCAAUAUAAUAUGGACUACAGCAAGCCUAGCAAUUAUGAGACUAACAACAGAUGUAACCGAACUUAAGCCGGUAGUGUUAAAUGAGUUUAAACAACAAGCUGGGAAGCAGUGUCUUCUGGUUGGGUGGGGAGCGAAUAGUAGCAUCCGGUAUAUGGUCAAUGAUAUGCAAGAGGUGUACGUAAGAAUCACCACAGAUAACUGUCCGGAUGGUAUGAUAUGUGCAGGCGGAGAGAGAAUUGGAUCCGGAGCUUGCUUUGGAGAUAUUGGAUCCCCGUUACUGUGUGAUGGCUCGCUAGUGGGAAUAAUGGGCAGUGAACCGAAACAGUGCGGUGGAACUGUAGUUGCUUUCCACAGUAUUCUGCGUCACUAUAACUGGAUCAAAUCGCAAAUUGCUAGAGCGGAAGCGGUGACCUGGGUUGAAUUUUAA